CACUUCCACCACCACCACAAUUAAAACCACCACCGUACACAAUCUCCACCGCCACCAUGUCAACAAACGGAUACUACAACAACAACAACCACCACCCAUCGCCGCCGUCUCUCCACCUUUGCUUCUUCCUCCUAAUACUCACCAUGUUCGUCGGAAUCACCUGGUACAUAAACUACGAGUCAAUCUUCGAGGGGUUGUUCGACCAGAUAAAGCUUCUUCUCAUGGUGUCGCCGCUCCUUCUCCUCCUCGCCGUACACCUCCUCUCCACCUUCGAAACCUCCGCCUUCUUCUUCAUCCCCUUGCCGGAGCAGGAAUCCCUCCACCGCGCCGGCGGCACGCCGUGGGGCGUCGGCCUCCUCCUCGUGAUUCUCUUCUUCAUGAUUUCUUACCAAUCUGAUUUUAGAGAGCGUUGGUUCCCUCUUCUUAGUUGAUCACUCGCACCAGUCUGCGCGUGUGUGUGAUUAUUUGUAGAUUUUGUAUUAAAAAAAAUUAAUUAAAUAAAAAAGAAAAGAAAAAAAAAGGUUUAAUUUAGUAGUACGUUUUAAUGUGGAUAUUUGGAUUUUUUUUUGUUUUUAAUUAUUGAUGAUGUACUUGUGAUCUGGGGUUUAAUUUGUUUAGUGGAAGGUAAUUAGUUGAUAAUGUAACUCCUAAUUAAAUAAUGUUUCUUUAAAUUAAUGAUGUAUUAUUAUUUUAUAUUUA